GUGAAGCUUCCUACCAAAAAAGUCAGCAGUCGUCAAAAAAUCAAAAUACACGAUUCCUGCCAUUUCAACCACCGCUCAAUUCUCUCCGAUCGGCGUUCCGAUUCGCAUUUGGAUUCUCCUCUGUGUGCAGAUUCUGAUGUUUCUCUCUCUCGAUCCUUGAGAAGACGGUACGACUUUAGUUUAGAUUGUGGAUCUGAAAAGAAAGCCGGUAGAGUAUGGCGGAAGGAAGCUUUUGGCCGGCGAUGGAUCUGCUGCGGUCGGAGCCGAUGCAGUUGGUUCAGCUCAUCAUUCCGAUGGAAUCGGCUCACCGCACUAUCUCUUAUCUCGGCGACCUCGGCCUCUUCCAAUUCAAAGACCUUAAUCCUGAGAAGAGCCCAUUUCAGAGGGCUUAUGCUGGUCAGAUCAAAAGAUGUGCAGAAAUGGCACGCAAGCUACGUUUCUUCAAGGACCAGAUGAAGAAGACUGGUUUGUCACCUUCAACAAGGACUAUAAACACUGAGAUUGAUUUAGACAGUUUGGAGGUGAAGCUUGGAGAACUAGAAUCUGAGUUAAUGGAAAUCAAUGCAAAUGAUGAGAAGCUGAGGCACACUUAUAAUGAACUGUUAGAGUACAAGCUUGUUCUGCAGAAGGCUGGUGAAUUUUUUAACUCAGCUCAAAGCACUGCUGCUGCUCACCAGAGAGAGUUUGAAGCACAAAGUGGUGGAGAAGGGUCCAUUGACAGUCCAUUACUAUUGGAACAGGAAAUGACAACCGAUCCAUCAAAACAUGUUAAGUUGGGAUAUAUUAGUGGCCUUGUUCCUAGAGAUAAAGCUAUGGCUUUUGAGAAGAUUCUGUUCCGUGCAACAAGGGGCAAUGUGUUUCUGAAGCAAUCUGUUGUCGAAAAUCUGGUCGUUGAUCCAGCAUCGGGAGAGAAGGUUGAGAAAAAUGUAUUCAUAGUUUUCUAUUCUGGUGAACGAGCCAAAAACAAAAUUCUGAAAAUUUGUGAAGCUUAUGGAGCAAACCGCUACCCAUUCACAGAGGACCUUGGCAAACAGUUUCAGAUGAUUACUGAGGUUUCUGGAAGACUUUCAGAACUCAAGACUACCAUAGAUGUUGGAAAGGCACACCAGAGCAAUCUAUUACAGAGAAUCGGCUUUCAGAUUGAGCAAUGGACCGCCCUGGUAAAGCAGGAAAAAUCUGUCUAUCACACUUUAAACAUGCUGAGUAUAGAUGUCACAAAGAAGUGCCUUGUUGCUGAAGGUUGGUGCCCUGUUUAUGCAGCCCAUAAGAUCCAGGAUACACUGCAGCAGGCAAGGCUGGACAGCAACUCACAGAUAGGAGGCAUAUUCCAAGUUUUGCAGACAAAGGAAUCACCGCCUACUUAUUUCCGUACAAAUAAAUUCACCACGCCGUUUCAAGAGAUUGUUGAUGCUUAUGGGGUUGCAAAGUACCGUGAAGCAAAUCCUGGUGUUUUUACAAUCGUGACAUUCCCAUUCCUUUUUGCUGUGAUGUUCGGUGACUGGGGCCACGGUAUUUGCUUAAUGCUGGCCUCCUUAUAUUUAAUUGCAAUGGAAAAGAAGUACUCUAACCAGAAGCUUGGCGACAUCCUGGAAAUGACAUUCGGCGGGCGUUAUCUUAUCUUGAUGAUGUCAAUCUUCUCAAUAUACACUGGACUCAUAUACAAUGAAUUCUUUUCUGUCCCUUUUGAACUCUUUGGCCCAUCUGCCUACUCUUGCCGUGACUCAUCCUGCAAGGAUGCAUAUAAGGCUGGUCUAGUUAAGGUGCGUGACACUUAUCCAUUUGGUGUGGAUCCUGUGUGGCAUGGAACCCGGAGCGAGUUACCUUUUCUCAACUCAAUGAAAAUGAAGAUGUCGAUUCUCUUUGGAGUAGCACAGAUGAACCUUGGAAUAAUACUGAGCUACUUCAAUGCAAAGUUCUUUUCCAAUAACCUCAAUGUCCGAUAUCAGUUUGUACCCCAAAUGAUUUUCUUAAACAGCUUAUUCGGCUACCUCGCUCUCCUCAUUAUAGUGAAAUGGUGUUCGGGCUCACAAGCUGAUCUGUACCAUGUGAUGAUAUACAUGUUCCUCAGUCCUACCGAUGAUCUGGGAGAGAAUCAGCUCUUUUUCGGCCAAAAAUAUCUUCAGAUGCUGCUGCUCGUAUUAGCCCUUGUUGCAGUACCAUGGAUGUUAUUUCCUAAGCCUUUCUUGUUGAAGAAGCAACACGAGGAAAGGCACCAAGGUCAAUCCUAUGCCCUACUCGAUAACGCGGAUGACAACCUUGAAACCGAGCAUCAUUCCAGCUCCCAUGGUCACGAAGAGUUUGAAUUCAGCGAGGUCUUUGUCCAUCAGCUUAUACACACCAUAGAGUUUGUGCUCGGAUCGGUGUCUAACACAGCAUCAUACUUGCGCCUCUGGGCCCUCAGUCUAGCCCACUCGGAGCUUUCAAGUGUCUUCUAUGACAAGGUUCUGCUCUUUUCAUGGGAGUUGAACAAUAGGGUCGUUCUUAUCAUCGGCAUUAUCGUGUUUGUAUGUGCAACUGUUGGUGUUUUACUCGUCAUGGAAACCCUGAGUGCAUUCCUCCAUGCAAUGCGGCUUCAUUGGAUUGAAUUCCAAAACAAGUUCUACGAGGGAGAUGGAUACAAGUUCUCCCCCUUCUCGUUUACUCUCCUGCUGAGUGAAGAAGAUGAAGCAGCAUGAAUACAGCAACUCGUAAGUUCGAAUUGUUCUGAACAUAUGGUACAGAGGCUACAAGCAAUUCUUUUGAACUCAACAAUUGAGAAAGCACGUUAUAGUAACCAAUUCUUCAGGCUCCUGGCUGUUGGCAGGACGAACACUCUGGCUGGAUAUCUCGGCUGUCCCCUGGCGACUAUGAACUAAAUUCAUUGCAGUGGCAAUUGGUACAUCGUUGCCUCUAACCCGAUUCAUUUCUCUGCCACAGUUCGUUAAAUUUGUUCGGCCUGCUACAUUGUAUCAUUCAUUGGUUACUUCCUAGGUUAUACUUUGAAAUGUAAUGUAAUAUUCGUGUUGUGAAUAAUAAGAAACCGAUUUUUGUACCCUGCUAUUAGAAUCAAAUUCAAGAUGCAAGGCACUAUCUAAAG